AUGAGUGGGAGCAACUUUGGGGACAGCAUGGGGUGGAGCAGUAGCGGGAGAUCGUCUGGCUCGAGAAGGGGCAAGAGAGGUGGCGGCAGCGGCGGCGGGACAGACAAGCCCAAGCAGCCGCAGCGAGGGCUCGGCGUGGCGCAGCUUGAGAAGAUUAGGUUACAGAGCGAAAUGGUGGAGUACUUCCAUCCCCUCGGCGAACCCCCGAGCUUGAUCCACAGAACGGGCAGCCUCAACUUGGAGGAUGCACGGGCUUCGACGUCCUCGCUGUCGUCGUCGCCAUCUUCCUCCUUCCAUCCUACCACCAUCUCGUCGCCGUUCCCAAUCCAUCAAAAUUUCGCGAUGCCAUACGGAGAGAGAGACGUACGAUACAGUGAAUUCCAAGCUCCCAUCAUAAGAUCACCGAGCAGCAGUGCUGUCUAUGGCAACGCACAUUACGCGCAGCAUCCUAACAUCACAUUGCCUCUCUUUGAACCACAGGAAUCUGCCCGAUUGAAGGGACAUCAUGAUCGAAGUCAGUCAGCAGAUUCAACAAGUUUGAACUCCGACGAUCCACAAGACGUGGACCUUGAACUCAAGCUAUGA